AUGGCAAAAUUCUCUACUUUGUGUUUGCUGCUUAUCAUCCUCGUGAUCAUCUGCGAUGAUAGAAUGGUGCAAAUGGCAGAAGCAAAAGACUGCCACAAAGUUUGGAACUGCAAGGGAGAUAACCAUUGCUGGGAAGACUGUAAAAAUCGAUACAGUGGAAAAGGAAUGUGUGACUUAUACACAGCACCUGGUGUUCCCAAGCAGUGCUUUUGUGCAUACAAAUGCUGA